AUGGCAUCUUUCCCAUCGGAAAAGACACAUGAAGCUAGUACCGCCUACCUAAUACAGCAAGCUGAGGAAGUUGAUUAUCACGCUGGUUUGCAGGGCAAAUCAGUCCACCGGCAAGUACCUAGUGUCCCACAUUUGACUACUUAUUCCCAUUCAAGGGACAAGCCUGCUCUCAUCUCUUCUGAAGGUUUCGAUGAGAUACCAGGCUUGAUCUUCAAUUCUACAUGCUGA